AUGCCCACCAAUCCACAAGAGGAGGCCCUCACUCCACUGAUCCAAAGGUGGCUGGAGUGGGACCAGGAUCCAUCCACCCGUGCCGAAAUUGAACAGCUUCGGGACUCUGGGGACUGGGCUGAAUUGGCCCUGCGCUUGCAAAAACGCAUCCAAUUUGGCACUGCGGGCUUGCGGGGACGGAUGGCAGCAGGUUUCUCUUGUAUGAACUCCCUGACCGUCAUUCAGGCCUCCCAAGGCUUAGCAAAGUACCUGAAAACCCGCCACGGCGACAUCGCAUCUUACGGUGUGGUCAUCGGCCACGAUGCGCGGUAUCACUCGGAUAAGUUCGCCGCAUUGGCUGCCAAUGCCUUCAUCGCACAGCAGAUCCCGGUCUGGUUCUAUUCGGAGUCCUCGGUUACUCCAACCGUCCCUUUCGGUGUAACCCAUCUGCACGCUGCUGCAGGCAUUAUGGUUACCGCAAGCCAUAAUCCAGCGCAGGACAAUGGUAGGCCUUCGCCCUAUUUCAAGAAUGGUGCCCAAAUCAAUAGUCCGAUGGACGUGGAGAUAGCACAAUCCAUCGAAGAGAACCAAGUCCCAUGGCCUACUGCCUGGGAUGAGCUGCAACCAAGCGAAUAUCUGCGCGACAAGAUUUACGAGAGUAUCCUGCCCCAUUACAACACGGCAGUUUGGCAGUACGCUACUUAUACCGUCCGGGAAUGGAAACAGCCGCAGCCAUUCGUCUACACGCCCUUACACGGAGUAGGUGGCUUGGUGUUUCCUGGGUUGUGUCGUUCCGUCGGCAUAAGUGAUUUCACCGUCGUGCCAGAGCAAGCGGAGCCAAACCCAGACUUUCCCACAGUUGCCUUCCCAAACCCGGAAGAGCCCGGCGCUCUAGACCUGGCUUUGCAACUUGCGGACAAGGAGGGGAGACCUCUGGUAAUUGCCCAUGAUCCAGAUGCCGAUCGGUUUGCUGCGGCUGAGAAAGUGGACGGAUCAUGGUUUAUUUACACUGGAAAUCAUUUAGGUGUUCUCCUGGCGUCACACCUGUUUGACUCCUUAGAAACCAUAGACAGUGACACACGAGUUGCAGUCUUGAACUCCGCCGUUUCGUCCAGCAUGCUGGAGAAGAUGGCCAAAGCAAAGGGUAUGCACUACGAGGAGUCUCUCACGGGCUUUAAGUGGAUGGGAAACACAGCCCGCAGACUCGAGGAGCUGGGCUACUAUGUUCCGUUUGCCUAUGAGGAGGCUCUUGGGUACAUGUUUCCCGAGGUGUCGUACGACAAGGAUGGCAUCUCCGCGGCGAUGGUGUUCCUCCUGGCCGAGGCAAAGUGGAAGGCCGAGGGCAUGACUCCUUAUAUGAAAUUGCAACAGCUUUUCAAAGAGCAUGGACAUCACGAAACACUGAACACUUACUUCCGGUCCCCAAGCCCUGAGGUUACAGCGAGCUUGUUCGAUGCAAUCAGAGCCGGUCCCUUCCGCACUGAAAAAUCGCUUGGGUCGUUCAGAAUCCACCGCUGGCGAGACAUGACACAAGGAUAUGACUCUGGCACGCAGGACCACAAACCCAAGCUCCCGAUUGACCAGACCAGUCAGAUGUUGACUUUAUGGCUUGAUCGUGAAGUUCGAUUCACGUUCCGGUCUUCUGGCACUGAGCCGAAAGUGAAGAUCUACAUCGAGAGCUCUGGCACUUCACACGACGAGACCGUGAGAGCUGUCAGUGACACUUUCCUGGCUGUGCUGAAAGAAUGGGUCCAGCCCUUUGCCCCGUCGAUGACCUAUAGCAAAGAGCUACCUACGUCCUCUGGGCAUAUCUACAAGUUGGAGUAAACCUCACUCCGCAUCAGGUUAUUGUUUGAUGAUCCCGUGAAAAACAUUGGGCAUUACUGGCUGGUUGCAGGGAGGCUUUGACUCCACUCUUGAUUCCCAUUACUGCAAGAUUGCAUGAAUUCAGCGCUGAGAUACCACUACGACUUUUCCGAAGUAACGCCACAUCGAAAUGUAGGUGAUUUGGAGUCAUAUUCUUCUUUUUUGGUGCCUAGACCCCGGGCAGGCCUUGCAAGAAGAAGGCAAACUACAUGACAUGCUGUAUUACACGGCGAUGAACCCUGUGUAGCACAAUCUGGCCAGACUCGGUGAGGUUGUUGACUUCAGCCGCUUUGGGAAAUAUAGCUGUUCCUCUGCUCUUGGAAAUAAAUAUGUAGACG